GUUUAGUUUCUGAACUUAAGAUAUCAUCAUGCGUCUUUCCCCUCAUGCUGCUGAUGUAAACAGAAAGUAGUGCAGGAACAUUUUGACACUUUGCCCUUUUUUCUGCCCCUCAGGUAACCAAGUUCGUCUGUGGAGCUUUGUACCCCCGCCUCCAGUGCCACUGCUUGUGCCUCGACAGCUCAGCUCUGCCCCCGGCUUUGAAACAAGCGAGAGGCUUCAGAGACCUCCGACUGCAUGUCUCAGACCUCCUUCCUGUUCAUCCCCGACGUCUUAAAGGUGCUUUGUCACCAGCACGCUUCGUAGUCGCUCUUUCUUCUGGGACAGAGGUGUGACGCUCGUCGCUUGACUGGAAGCGAAGUUGUUACUCGUUCAGAGGGGGGAGGAAGGCCGCUGAACACAGUGCCGCUUUCCCCGGAGAUGAAGCUGCAGGCCGUCAUGGAGAACCUGCACAGGCAGCAGAGGGCCAAGCUUCUGAUGGAGCAGCAGCUACAGCAGCAGGCCAUCGCCCAGCACGCCCAGGUCCGCGCCGGCGACGACCCCAUGGAGAGCGCCGCCCCCGAGGGCGAGCAGGCACAGAUAGCGGCGCUGGCGGCCAUGCGAGCCGCCGCCGCCGGGCUGCAGAGGGUGUCGGACAGCCCCAUGUCGAAGCGCAGCAGCGGCGGCGAGGAGGAGCGAGACGACGACAACGACGAAGGGGAGGAGCAUUACAAGGACAUGAUGGGCUCUGACGAGGAGGAGCAGAUCAAACGGAAAUGGGACGAGGGAGACUUUGAAAGCGACAUGGACGAAGACUUUGAGGACGACCUGGCAGAGGAGGGGCUGCCGACCGGCCACGACGCCGUGGCUCCCGGGAAGGGCAUCCUGCUGCUGCCCCACCGCCAGCUGCACCCGCACUCCCAGCUGCUGAAGGUCCGGCCCAACGUGGAGCAGGAGCCCCGCGUCGCCAUCAUGCCUCCCCACGCUCCACACAGCCACCUGGGCGCGCAGGACCACGGGGAAUGGACCUACGAGGAGCAGUUCAGACAGCUCUACGAACUCGACGGGGACCCAAAAAGAAAAGAGUUUCUCGACGACCUCUUCAGUUUCAUGCAGAAGCGAGGAACCCCUGUGAACCGUAUUCCCAUCAUGGCCAAGCAGGUCCUGGACCUCUACAUGCUCUACAAGCUGGUGACAGAGAAAGGCGGCUUGGUGGAGGUCAUCAACAAGAAACUGUGGAGGGAGAUUACCAAGGGACUUAACCUGCCUACCUCAAUCACCAGUGCAGCCUUCACCCUCCGCACACAAUACAUGAAGUACCUGUACCCAUAUGAAUGUGAUAAGAGAGGUCUGAGCAACCCCAACGAGCUGCAGGCGGCCAUCGACAGCAAUCGGCGGGAAGGACGACGGCAGAGCUUCGGCAGCUCGCUCUUCACCUACUCCCCCAACGGGACGCCAACCAUGCUGUCCUCGCCUAAAGUCUCUACGCCGAACGUUGGCUUGACGGUGGGAACCAACGGCGCCUCGCUCGCCCCCAUGCAGAAGAUUAAGAAAGAAGAGGAGGGAAGCCAGCCGCUGCCGGGGGUCGGCAUUCCUCGUCUGCCGGUGGGUCCCAUGCCCGGCCACUCGGUGGCCGCCGUGCAGGCGGCGGCGGCGGCCCAGGCGGCCAUGGCGGCUCAGGUGGCGGCUUUGGAGCAGCUGAGGGACAAACUGGAGGCGGGUGAGCCUCCGGAGAAGAAGAUGGCUGUUCCUGCGGAGGAGCACCACCGGCUGCUGCAGAGAGCUCUGCAGCACAACCUGCUGGCCAUGACUGCUCAGAUACCCAUGAACAUCCGCAUCAACAAUCAAGAUGGCAGGCAAGAGUCGGCUCUGAACCUCACCACAAACGGCACAAACAGCAUCAGCAUGUCAGUGGAGCUCAAUGGAGUGGUAUACACUGGUGUCCUUUUCGCUCAGGCAGCAGCAGGGUCAGCUUCGUCCGGUGUGUCUGUGUCGUCCCUCUCCAACAAGCCUGUCAGCAGUCGCAUUGCUCCACAGCAGCAGCAGCAGCAGCAAAACACACCUACCUCAGCCUCCAGCAACCCGCUGUCUUAACAAACUUCCCCCCAUUUUUUUUUAUUAUCACCACGCUAAGAAAAGCCAAAAAGCAACCUAAUUUUCUACGUCAUCUAUGCCAAAAAGAAAAGAAGAGAAGAACCAUCAUCAGUACAGAAAGACAAACUGAAACUCUGCUCACUUGAAGUACACUAUCUCAGGUUUUCUCUCACAAACUCACCUCUUUUGUUCUUCAUCGCCAAAAGGAUUUUGAAAAGAAAUAAUCCCAACUGAGAGCCAGUAUAUGCUAAAACUUGUGCACAACCUGUGAAUUAUUUAUUUCUGCAUAAAUGUACAGAUUAUUGGAGAACAACAGAGAAGAUAAUAACUAGGAAGGCUAACGCAUUGUUUACACACACAAACACAGCUACUGACUGACAAUGAUAUUAUAUCUUCUAGAGGAGAGAUUUUUUUAUUAUUUUAACUUUUCAUUGUCAUUAUUAUCAUUAUUGUUAUUCUCUUUAUUGUGUUUUGUUGUUUAAACCUUUAAUAAUCUUCUCAUUGCAGGAAAAGUAAUCUAUAUAUUAAGAAUUCUAUGAAAAAAGAAGUAUGAAAAUCCUCUAUUUUUAAUCAGAAAAGCUUUAAAACGUGUGUGUUUUUUUGUUCUCUUCAGGGCAUAAAGCAUUGUGUGGCUGUGACCUCAUGUUGUUGUAAAACCAGAUAACCUUAUAAACGUGGGCAGCCCUAUGGGAGAAUAAGUGCAGGUUUGGUCCAGAAGAACCUGCAGGGAUCUUCUGCUCCCCUGCAGGACUGUCAGUGUAUUAUCGCUCUUAUCCGGACUCCGGCUGGCAUGCUUUCUGCACGUCUGUCUGUCUGUCUGCGCGCUCGUUCUCCCAGAGGCGGCUGCGGCUCGUCCUGUAUGUUUUCACCUGGCCAGUCUCAGACGUGUGUUCGAACGGCUCUCUGGAGCAGAACGGCACUCGAUUUAAGGUUCGUCGUUAGCUAAAAUAUCACGUUAUGAUUUUUCUCAGGUGUCUCUUAGCUUUGUGUGAUUUAUUACACUGGACAGAGCAAUGCUUUCUACAUUUUACCCUCUUGCCUCUUCAGGUCAGUGUCAUGCUUCAGCCCCUUCAAUCAGAAUCGAAGCAGUUUUCUGAUCCGAGAGUCGACUCAAUCCUUUUGCUUUCUUUGAAACUCACACGGACAAUCAUGUGGGCCUCAGGAGAAACCUGACAGGCAUCUUCAGCUCUUUGUAAUCUUGAUUCUUCUGUUUUUCAUUUUUCCCGUUCGGCCUUGUUUUCCGCAUGUCUUUGUGCUUCUUCUGAUCCAAGUGCUUCUUAUCCUGGGCUGUGACAAGGAUGCCGCCUUCUCCGUCGACGUUACAGCAGCGAAUGUUUUGUGAUCCUCAAACUGUGCAGCCGCUGCGGUUCGAUCUGGACCUUUCUGCGCGUUUGCUUGUGUCUUAUCAUCGGUGACGAACCCGGUCGGCUUUAUGACAGAAGAGGCACGCCGUAGCAGCCAGCAGAGUCUCCGCGUCUUGAAAUAGUUAAAUCGUUUAGCUUUUUGAACUUGAACCUGCGUUUCCUCUCUGGACUGUUGGAGAUCGUUACUCAGCCCUAAAUCAGGCUUUGUGCACUGGUUCUGUUCGGAGGCCUUAACGCAGCGUGAGGUGACCAGAGAGUGAGCAGCUCCUCCGCCUAAUCACUUUUUACUGUUCAGUCAAAUAUCACCAGAUGGCUGUCAGGGCUUUGAGUCCUGGACUCGCUUCUCUGUGGGAAAUCACCACCAGCUGCUAAACAAACACUGGUCACUUUUCAAAAAGCACUCUUCUAGCUAAAUAAAGAACCCCUUUCAUUAGAAACUUCAGUGAAAAAGAAUUGAAACUUCACAUUUUUAUUGUAUUUAAAAUAGCCUGAUUUAAACAAGAUGUUUAAACUUAAGUCAGUUCUUUUUUUAGUUUAACAUUCGACGAUUGAAACUUUCAGUCAGUUUAGACAAUCCUCAAGAGCAUAUCACAAUUUUUAAGACGUUUUGGCUUUCAGCAGGGUUCUGUUUGAACCCUUCUGACCCAGUCGUUCAGAAUGGGUCCAAAGCUGAGAACCAUGAAAAAAAGCAAACACAGAGCAGGCAUGAAUGCAUCACAACAUUUGUCUUCAUUAUUGGAAAACCCAACGUCCUCCAAAUACAAAACGGGUACGGCAAAACUUACAGUUUGACUUUGGGUUCAUAAAGUUAAUAUUGAAACAGAGAUUCAUCCAGUGAGGUGGAGGAAGUUUGGAAAAACGUUGUAACAUUUUGACAACAUAACGUUUGAUUUUUUUUUUUUUUUUGGUCCAAUUCUGACCUGCAUUGUUACCCUGCAAGCAGCUCAGUCACCAAAAUGCUUUACAUUCACAGGCCAUGCAAGCCUCACUUUUCUCCACAUAGCAGAGCUGAAUACUCGACAGUAAUGCAGCUUCCAGCACAUUAAUAUCUGAGGACUCACUGUAAUAGUCCGUCUUCAGUUAGUUUAUUUUAUAUAUCCCCUUUAAAUACAGAUAGAAAGGGCAAAAGUCACUCAAGUUUUAUACUUUUAAGAUUUUUAGGCUGUUUGGCUUUAAAAUAUGAUAAUAUAUGUAAUUUAAAGGAAAUGUUCCCCUAUAUAAAACACUUAGUAUUUGUCUUUAACUCUGUUGUUCCUCUGGUAAAAUGUCUAAAGUUUAUUAAAAGUAGUACUUAAUCAAAUAUUUGUAAAAUUUUAAUGAAUUGUAAAAGACGCAGGCCCUUUUGGUGUCACCUAUGGUGAUUUUGUGACUCCAAGUUGCCACUUUUUUCUGCAGUUCUGCUUUUAAAUGUAUUAAAUAUUAGUUGUAUAAAUGGGGAUUUUUAGAUAAUGAGAUGACAUUUUGUCAUUUUUAAAAGGAGUUCAGACCCACAUUUAAACCCAAAGGAAGCUGGAAAAUAUGGAUUUACUAAAUAACCAUCUGCUCCUUUACACCCUUUAAAAAAA